AUGACAUCUGCUGUAACAUCAUUGACAAGACCUGAGAUUUUAUCCUUAUAUAGACAGAUAAUAAAGAAUAGUAGGAAAUUUACAAAUUACAAUUUCAGAGAAUAUUUCUUACGAAGAUCACGUUCAGAAUUCAAAAGGAACAUGCACUUAAAUGAUCCUUCUCAGAUAUCUGAUCUAUUCACUAAAGCUAAGAAUGAAUUGGCUGUACUGAAAAGACAGGCAAUCAUAUCUCAAUUAUAUACUUUCGAUAAGACCGUUAUUGAACCUUUAAACAAGAAAUAA